UCUGGGGCUCGGCGCAUACAAAGGGGCCAGCCCGGGCGCGAGCGAGCAGACGGCGGCGGGCCAUGAGCCGCUGAGCCCCCGCGGAGCCCCUCGGAGCCCAGCGCGGCGGCGGAGCAGGCGCCAGCCCGGCGGGGACCCAGCGGCGCGCACCGAGCCAGCCCGCCCGGCCCCACUCGGGGCCCCGGCGCGCAAUGACCGCGGCGCUGGCCGGCCCCCUGCGGGCGCUCUGCAUCCUCGGCUGCCUGUUGGGCCGCGCCCCCGCGCCCCCCGCGCCCAUCAUCAAGUUCCCCGGGGAUAUCGCCCCCAAAACGGACAAAGAGUUGGCCGUGAAAUACCUGAACACCUACUAUGGCUGCCCCAAGAACCGCUGCAACCUGUUCGUGCUGAAGGACACGCUGAAGAAGAUGCAGAAGUUCUUCGGGCUGCCCCAGACGGGCGACCUGGACCAGAACACCAUCGAGACCAUGCGGAAGCCGCGCUGUGGCAACCCCGACGUGGCCAACUACAACUUCUUCCCCCGGAAACCCAAGUGGGACAAGAACCAGAUCACAUACAGGAUCAUUGGCUACACGCCCGAUCUCGACCCAGAGACGGUGGACGACGCCUUCGCACGCGCCUUCCAGGUGUGGAGUAACGUGACCCCGCUUCGCUUCUCCCGGAUCCACGAUGGAGAGGCUGACAUCAUGAUUAACUUCGGCCGCUGGGAGCACGGAGACGGGUACCCCUUCGACGGCAAGGACGGGCUCCUGGCUCACGCCUUUGCCCCCGGCUCUGGAGUCGGGGGUGACUCCCACUUCGACGAUGACGAGCUGUGGACCCUGGGCGAAGGGCAAGUGGUGCGGGUGAAGUACGGGAACGCCGACGGGGAGUACUGCAAGUUCCCCUUCCUGUUCAACGGCAAGGAGUACAACAGCUGCACGGACACGGGCCGCAGCGACGGCUUCCUCUGGUGCUCCACCACCUACAACUUCGACAAGGACGGCAAGUACGGCUUCUGCCCCCACGAAGCCCUCUUCACCAUGGGUGGCAACGCCGACGGGCAGCCCUGCAAGUUCCCGUUCCUCUUUGAGGGCACGUCCUACAACAGCUGCACCACGGAGGGCCGCUCCGACGGCUACCGCUGGUGCGGCACCACGGAAGACUACGACCGCGACAAGAAGUACGGCUUCUGCCCUGAGACCGCCAUGUCCACCGUGGGCGGGAACUCAGAAGGGGCCCCCUGCGUCUUCCCCUUCACCUUCCUGGGCAACAAGCACCAGAGCUGCACCAGCGCGGGCCGCAGUGAUGGAAAGCUGUGGUGCUCCACCACGACCAGCUAUGACGAGGACCGCAAGUGGGGCUUCUGCCCGGACCAAGGGUACAGUCUGUUCCUGGUGGCAGCGCAUGAGUUCGGCCAUGCAAUGGGGCUGGAGCACUCCCAGGACCCCGGCGCCCUGAUGGCCCCCAUCUACACCUUCACCAAGAACUUCCGCCUGUCCCAGGAUGACAUCAAGGGCAUCCAGGAGCUCUACGGAGCCUCCCCCGACACCGACAUCGACACGGGCACCGGCCCCACCCCCACGCUGGGCCCCGUCACUCCCGAGAUCUGCACACAGGACGUCGUCUUCGACGGCAUCGCGCAGAUCCGGGGGGAGAUCUUCUUCUUCAAGGACCGGUUCAUUUGGCGGACCGUGACUCCGAGUGAGAAGCCCAUGGGGCCGCUGCUUGUAGCCACCUUCUGGCCCGAGCUCCCGGAGAAGAUCGAUGCUGUGUACGAGGCCCCGCAGGAGGAGAAGGCGGUGUUCUUCGCAGGGGACCAGUACUGGGUCUACUCAGCCAGCACCCUGGAGCGAGGGUACCCCAAGCCCCUGAGCAGCCUGGGGCUGCCCCCCGAGGUCCAGCGUGUGGAUGCUGCCUUCAACUGGAGCAAGAAUAAGAAGACUUACAUCUUCGCUGGAGACAAGUUCUGGAGGUACAAUGAGGUGAAGAAGAAGAUGGAUCCCGGUUUCCCCAAGCUCAUCGCAGAUGCCUGGAACGCCGUCUUCGACAGCCUGGACGCCGUGGUGGACGUGCAGGGCAGUGGUCACACUUACUUCUUCAAGAACACGAUUUACCUGAAGCUGGAGAACCAAAGUCUGAAGACUGUGAAGUUGGGAAACAUCAAAUCCGACUGGCUCGGCUGCUGAGUUGACUCAGCUCCCGGCCCUGCUGCCUCGUCCCCUUUCUGCAUCCGGAAAGGCCCGGAUGGGCUGGGCAGCCUUCAGCUCUGUAGUUAACCAGCAGCGCCUGGAAGUUUAGCAUUCCAGAGUGGCUCUGCUCUGUGUCCACGAAGGUUCUCCCAGAUGCCCACGCCCCUCCUUGAGUUCCCCAACCCUCCCCGCCCCGUCACCUCGGACUCGCCCUCUCCAAGGAUGGGUCUUCUCGUUGCAGCCCUGUCUGGGGCUGCCUGGUGCUGUGACCCUUCAGCCCUCUGCCCCCUUCACAACCUCGGUGGCUCACAGCACCCGCAGAGCUGACAGAAACCAUCUCCGGGGGGCCACUGGUGGCCCGACAGCCUGGCCUGACGGGGCCAGCGAGAGAGAGGGCUGAGGCUGCCCCCGUCCACUUACAGUUUCGUUUUGCUUCCGGUGCACUUUGCCCUUUCCUUUGGAUUUUGGAAACAUUUCCACUUUAAAUGCAAUUUCCUCACUGAAGGACUCCGGUCUGAAGUCACUGCAGCAUUCAGCCCAAGUCCCCCGUACCCUCCACCCCGACCCCUACCCAAGGGUCCCACAUUCUCUCUCUCUCUCUCUCUCUCUCUCUCCAGUCUGUCCCCGUGCUUCCUCCACUGGCUGGAGGGAAGCCUCCCCUCCCACUUCUCCUGCAAUUCCCCCCCACCCCCUGAAGUGCUACUAAGUGUGAAUAGACACAGGGUUUGAGCCACACGGUCCACGCCAUCCAGGGCUGCAGAGGAUCAGCCCAGAGCAGGGGCAGGGUCCCGAGGGCAUGCAGACACUUCCCAAGUCCAAAAUCAUGGCUCCCUGCUGGGCACAGGUGGCCACUGCUGGAAAGAUUAAAGCUGCCAAAGGAAGUAAGUAGGAGGCCACGGGGUGAAUGAGUCGGAGCUCCGCCACCCUGGGCAGCCCUGGCACCAGAGACUCUCUUGCUGUCAUUGCGGUCCCGGGCUUCCUUCCUCUCUGGGGCUCAGCUUCUUCCCCGACCACACUCUCAGCUCUAGUGCUCCCGCCAACAGCGGGGAGCAGUGACAGUA